UGUUAAAUUGGUAACACUGAAUCGUAAGCAUAUAGCAUAGCAGAACCUCUACAUAUGAUAGGCUACGUCACCAACGAAUUUGUACAUAGAUUUUGUGUUACAUAUUUUUCUAUUUCCGUGAUUAAUUCUUAGACAACAAUCAUUUUAAUGCUUUGUAUUCUUUUAAACCAAGUGACUUAAGAAGUUUCCUCUUUAAAAAUGGGAUCUUCUCAUAGUAUCGAAAUACCAGGAGGUGGCACAGAAGGUUACCAUGUAUUGAGGGUACAGGAAGGUUCUCCAGGUCAGAAAGCUGGACUGGAAGCAUUCUUUGACUUUAUUGUAUCUAUUGGAAAUACACGCUUGGAUCAAGAUAAUGAUACAUUAAAGGAGCUUCUCAAAAAUGGCGUAGAUAAAAAACUAACACUUACAGUAUACAGCAGUAAAACACAAUCUGUAAGACAAACUGUUAUAGUACCUAGUCUCACAUGGGGUGGACAGGGUCUCCUUGGUGUUAGUGUAAGGUUUUGUUCUUUUGAAGGUUCCAAUGAAAAUGUUUGGCAUAUUCUUGAAGUGCAUCCAUCUUCUCCAGCUGAAUUAGCAGGUCUACGUCCAUUCACAGAUUAUAUUAUUGGUGCUGAUUCAGUUUUACACGAGUCUGAGGAUAUAUUUACUUUAAUAGAAGCACAUGAAUCACGACCUUUGAAAUUGUACAUAUAUAACACACAAGAUGAUUCUUGUAGAGAAGUUACAAUUACACCCAAUCAUACUUGGGGUGGAGAAGGAAGUUUGGGUUGUGGAAUUGGUUAUGGAUAUCUGCACAGAAUACCCAUUAGAAAUAUUCAAGAGCAUAAAUCAAAUAAUUCGUAUACAUCUCAUGUUAAAGCUACUAAUCCAAAUCCAGUUACAUCAAGCAUUACUCACACAGAAGGAAGUAAUGUGAUUAUAAACAUACCACCAGGUUUCUCUAUUCCACCGAAUUACAUGUCAGCACAAGAAAAUGUUACAAAAUCCGAAGUUGAAACUACUUCUACUACAAUGGUGCAAAAUAUAUACACAUCAAGUGUACAAACAUAUACUAUGCCUCAAUUGAAUCCUGCUGCUAUUGGAGGAUCUACUACUACUAAUUCUGUGUCUCAUGUUAUGCCUAAUCAAACUGUUGUAAAUACGACAUGUAAUAAUGAUCCUAUCAUGCCAUCGUCACAUCAAAAUACAAUGCCGAAUAUACCUGGUAUGCCAACUACUCCACCUUUGCCAACUUUUACUACUAAUGCGACAGUUUUAAGCGAAUCAACUGGUGUUGUCGGUACGCCGAAAGAUUUCACAACUGUACAGAGUGAUAUAUCACCACCAGUACAGUUUAAUGUGCCUCAAUCUCAUGUAGUAACGACGCCCAUAUCGUUACCCGGGAUGCCACCUAUUACCGUUAGUGCAAGUCUACCACAAAAUUCUUCUUUCUAUUCAUCUGUUCUCCAGCAAAAUGAAUUGAGUGGUGUUAGUACAACCCCUACAUUUACGGUGCCACCAACAACAACGCAGUAACGAUUAUGUUAUUUCUAAUGAAAAAAAUAUCUGUUUUAUAAUAAAGUAAAUAUUGAAGAAUAAAGGUAAAAUAAAGAGCGUAA